AUGCUGUGCUUUCUCCGGGGAAUGGCCUUCGUCCCCUUCCUGCUGGUGACCUGGUCGUCCGCUGCCUUCAUCAUCUCCUACGUGGUCGCCGUGCUUUCCGGGCACGUCAACCCCUUUCUCCUCUACAUCAGUGACACAGGAACAACACCUCCAGAGAGUGGCAUUUUUGGAUUUAUGAUAAACUUCUCUGCAUUUCUUGGGGCAGCCACAAUGUACACAAGGUAUAAAAUAGUAGAGAAGCAAAAUCAAACCAGCUAUUUCAGCACUCCUGUUUUUAACUUGGUGUCCUUGGUUCUCGGAUGGGUGGGAUGCAUCAGAAUGGGUAUUGUAGCCAGGUUCCAGGAGCUGGCCGUCCCCAUGCUCCACGACGGCGGCGCCCUUCUGGCGUUUGUCUGCGGCGUCGUGUACACGCUCCUGCAAUCCGUCAUCUCUUACAAAUCCUGUCCCCAGUGGAACAGCCUUUCCACGUGCCACGUGCGAAUGGCCCUCUCUGCUGUGUCCUGCGCAGCUGUCAUACCCAUGAGUGCCCGUGCUUCACUAAUUUCUAUAACCAAGCUGGAGCGGAAUCCAAAAGAAAAGGAUUAUGUGUAUCACGUAGUGAGUGCGAUCUGUGAAUGGACAGUGGCCUUUGGUUUUAUUGUCUACUUUUUAACAUUCAUCCAUGAUUUCCAGAGUGUCACCUUCAGAAUAUCCACAGAAAUCAAUGGUGAUGUUUGA